GGUAAGUCCCCGCACCCACCCCGGGGCUACUACACACUUAUCAAGUCCAUGUCAGCUUCUCCUUCGCCUGCCCAACAAUUCUUCACCAAGCAACCACCACAUUCAAUGCUUCAACCCGAGCAGCAGUCCAACCAUCCCCCUCAAGCAUCCUCCUCAUCAGCACUUCAUCACGACGCAGAUGCCCGGCAUGAUACUCACUCCGAAGAACUUGCUCAGCUUUCAACCCAACUCAUCUCAGCUGGAUUCCUACGUCAGCCGUUGCCGCCUGACACUCUCAAUGGAGGCUCACUCGAAGGUCAAAAAUAUCUCAUCAAAGCUAUUUGGUCUAUGAUCGCCUCUCGCUCGAAGGAGAUGUCGAUUCGAGAGGGCCUGCUGGCCAAGCAGAGAGAGCUAUCCUAUGAACAUACCCGCCUGGAAGGAUUCCUAGAACGUGCCGAGAAAGAAAAACUUGAGGCCCAACAGGAGGCUACUGCAAGCACCAAUCGUGCCAAUGCAGCACAGAAAGAACUUGAUCUCGAAAAGGCUAGGCAUCGAAAGACGCGAGAUGACUACUCCAAACUGAAGAAUGCUGAAAGACUGAUUAAAACCACCAGUGUCCACGAACUGCGAAAGAAGACUAAUGAACUUGAUGAACUUCAACGACGUCUGACAAAGCUAUCAUCUAGCAAAGAUCUCCCUCUACCGUCUUCUCUUAAUUGGACCUCAUCAGCUCCUCUGGCGACCCGAGUUGAUACCGGAGGCGGUGGACGCGUUGGAUUACUUGAAUUCGACCUCAAGGCUUCGAGAGAUCAGAACAACCAACUUCAAAUCGAUAAUUCGAGGCUACGGGAAUAUCUUGGGAUUUAUGAACAACAAUUGAUUGACCUGAUAUCAGAAAUCACAAACCACAACGAUGCCCAGGGCUCAGUCUUCGAGAUCGAUGAUGAAGAACCAAUGCAUGAAGAAGAUCGGUUUAUCAGUACUCCGAACUCGAACGUACCAUUGCCCAAAAUCUACAAAAGAUUGUCAUUAGUUACUUACAAACUUCGCGAAAGAGUCCUUGAAAUCAUCAAGCUAGUCGAAGAAUUGCAGAAUAAAUUAACCGAAAUUAGCUCACUGGCAGAACAAGAGAGGAGCAAAUCACAAAAAGAAUUGGCACAGAUGCGAACCAACUUUGAGAAAGAAGUCGAGAGGUUAAAGGUAUCCCUGAAAGAAGCCGAGGCGACUGUUGAAGGAUGGGCCCAUACCGGCUUGGCCUGGGGACCGCCGCAAGCGACUGGAAUGGAAGACGUGACAGUUGAGCGCAGCUUGGAAAUCGCUCAGCCGCAAAUACAAAUGCAAGUCGAAGCCUUAUCAGUCGAAAGGAAGAAAUUAGCGCAAGAGGCGAUCGAACUUGCCAGGCAAAGAGCCGAGAUGGAGAUGCGGAAGAUGAACGAGGAGCGAGAGAAAAUCCUGAAAGAGCUAGACAUGAACCCGACUCCCAAGCAGUCCAUCUCCAUCUCGACGAGCCAGAAUGCGGGUGAUCAAACGCGUCCAGCUGACGACAAGGGGAAUGAGACACUGGAGAGUUUGGUCGUUUACACCAAGCCCAAGGGUCCGACGACCAAAGCUCUACAGACGAGGACGGGCAAGCCGAGGUCGUCGAUUUCAAAGGGCUUGGGCACUGUCCAUCGAGUCAAGCAGCAGAUCCCGUCUUCCGCUACAAGUAUUUCUAAGCCCGCGCCAACCCGUAACCGGACCGCCGUCUUGAAGUCCUUAUUAUCAAUCACCGGGGAGGACGGAGGAAUCUCCGGAAGCUCUACCGCCACUAACAGCUCUGCUACUGCCAGCAAACCCAGCCUGCCUCAUCGAACUCUCAACCCUUCUGUCGGACCGUCUUCCUCAUCUUCCUCUUCUGCUUCGCGUCUGAGAAGCGAAUCAACCGUUCAGAGAAAAUUCAAUCUCGGCAAAUCUCACUCUCGGAUCACGCGUCCACCCCGUUGAUUUUAUGAUAUCCAUUCCCACUCUUGAGUUUUUUUCACUCAAUUUGUUUUGAUUCGAUAGACAGAAAUUGUUUGUUUAAAUGUAAAAGUAAUUGUCCGGGGUUGUUCCCCUCUCUAAAUCAAUUUGUAUGGAAAUCCUAUCAAAUUUUAUAAAUA